UCAAGUGGAAUGAAAAGGAAAUGAUGAUCGUGUUUUAUGUCAUGCUGAUUCUUAUGAAAGUGUGCCGAUGCACAAAUGAGAUCAUCGAGACAAGAACCGUUGGUGUAGGAAGGAAUGUGAGCCUGAGCUGUCCCCGUGAGUCUACAGGAAGCAUAUUUUGGAUCAGCAUUAAUUCUGGAAAACGUCCUAAAUUCUUAGGAAAGACGUACAGCUUUCCGAUUGAUUCUCGCAUUAUAGCCACAGAAGAGCUUGGAGCAUUUGUUCUGCGUAUUAAAAAAGCAACUUUUAAUGAUACUGCAGUUUACUACUGUAUAAAAACAUCCCUCCAAAAAUUAACAUUUUUGAAAGCAACAGACCUGAGAAUCAAAGAACCAGAACCUGUUAUCACUGCAGUCCCUCCAUCUGAUCGAGACUCCGUGACCCGGAAGGGUUCAGUGACUUCAGUCCUCUCUGACUCUGAGACCAAAACAUGUCCAGGAGAACACAGUGUGUGCUGCGUUAGAGCCGGAGCGCAUCAAUACCAUCCAAGUUGUAAUUUUUCUCAAGGAAACAGGGUUGAAGAACAUGGAGAGAACCCAGAGGGACUCUCAACAAAGAAAUGUAUCUCCAGCUUCUUGAUGAACGUCAGCUGCUCUGGGGCUGGAUCUUACUACUGUUCUGUGGCUACAUGUGAGCAGAGGUUUCCUGGAAAUAGAUCAAAACCUGACACCAAAGCAGGAACAAGGACUUUGCAGCAGGACAACACAAUUAUCUUUCUGUUGGUUGUUGUUGCUUUGGCUGCAAGUCUGAUUGUUUUUGCCAUUCUUAUUUAUUCAAUCAAGGAACUCAAGAAAAAAUCUUGUGGUGUUUGUGACGCCGCUGCUGUCCUGAAAACAAGUGGUGUUUCGACGGCCGGUGGUCAUCAGCAGAAUCAGCAGGUACCAAAAAAAAGUAGCAUCGGUAAAAUUGUCAGCAUGUACCUUUCCCUAAUUGUAUUGAUGUUGUCAUCUCAUAACAUUUAUCAUGUAUCUAUUUUAAGACAGAUGAGGAUUUAUUGGUUUAUUCUGCACCAAUCUUCUCCGUUAGAACAAAAGGCUCAAAUAAUUCAAAAACUGAGGAGGAAGAGAGUAUCUACACUGACGUCAGGAAUCUGGGGUUUGAUGAACAGUCCUAACACUGGGUUUUAUGUCUGCACCUUGUGGGAAGUUAAUUUCACAUCUUGACUUGGUAAAUAAUAAUUUAAUUUGGAUGAUUUGCAUGUAUUGUAUUUAUUUUAGGAUUGUAUUUAUCUGUUUUGUAAAAUAAAUACAAAUAGUAUAAUAGCUAAGCUUUUAGAAAUACAUGUAUAUGUGCUCUAAUGAUCCCAUAUUUAUGAGUGUGUGUUUCAUUGUCAGCUGUUAUUAAAGUUGUUAUUUUUCUAUCA